AUAAUGGUGGGGUGGAAAAUAAAAUUGUCUAACUAUCUAUAUUUUUAUUAAUAAUAUAAUAAAUAAAUUGUUAUAACAAUUAACAAUUAAAAUGGACAGUAUAGGAGCCGAGGUUGGCCAUAAAAUGAGGAGUGCCAUUAAAGCCAAGUUACUGGAACUGGAUUGUUAUGUUGAUGAUGAACUGCCAGACUACAUUAUGGUAAUGGUAGCGAAUAGGAGAACUAAAUCUGAGAUGAACGAAGACCUGAGUUUGUUUUUAACGACAAAAACCGCAGCUUUUGUCAAUUGGCUCCACAUAGUCCUGAAAAAGUUGAAAGAAGUCACUGUUACCAACCCAGAGGUUUAUAAGAAAGCUAUCAAAAGAAAAAGCUCAGAGUUGCCUCCUGAUAGUAAACAUGAUUUGAAACUAAAAAAAGAGAAAAGUAACAGUAACAAACGAGAAGAGUCUAUCACUGACGAUCUUCCAUUAUUAUUGAGAAAUAGAAAAGUUGUUGUGAGCGAAAGUCUUGAUGAUAAUUUUGAUAUUCCACUAUUAGCGGAAGUAAAUGCCUCUGACAACCAGGCGCAGUUGCAAGACUUAGAAGAUAGAAUUCGAAAUGUUAAAAGUAGAUUGGGUUUGUUGGUUGACAGUGAUCAUGAAGAUGAAGCUUUAAACAUUAAAGCAGAAGAUGAUCCAUUUUCUGAACAAGUCGAAGAUGAAAAUGAAAUAAAUACUAUGUCAAAGACGAGAAGUAUAAAUUUAUCAAAUGAUGAAGAAAAUGAAUUGGAACAAGAUACAGAAAAAAGACCUCAACACACAAGAAUAACAUUUGAAAAAAAUACUAAAACUGUUUCAGUUAGAUCUAGAUUGGGAAGCCCAAAGGAAAGAUUCAGAGAUAACAGUCGAGAGAAAAAAAAGUCAAUUUUGUCUAGAUUAGGAAAAAGAAUGGGAAGUUCUGAAUAUAGAUCUAGAUAUAGACAAAGAAGUUCAUCAAGAGAUAGAGACUCUAAAAGAAGCAGGCAUAGAAGAGAAACCUCUAGAGAAAGACAAAAACAUCGCUCAACAACUCCUGAAGUUUCUAAAAUGAGAGACGGCAUUAUCGGACGUAUUCAAUCAAAAGUGCGAGUCGUUAAAGCAUCCAAACCAAACAUCACUGAACAUGAAGAAGAGGAAAAACAAGUUGCAGUACCAAGUUUGAUUAAAGUCAAACCCAGAGUGAUUCCAAGAAAGGCGCAACCCAAUAAAAAUUUGCUAAUGAAAGCAAUUGCUGAUGCUCAAAGAAGUAUUGCUCAAACACCAAAAGUUGGCUCCAAUCAAAAUUCUGCGACAGCUGAUAAGAAGGAGGAACUCAUGACAAAAAAAUAUUUAGAAAAACAUUGUGAUGAACAGAUAGUCAGCAGAGAGGAUAGAAAAUACAUUGAAAAACGAAAUCCAGAUAAAUUUAGGCAAAAUGUGUUGAAGGCUUCCAGCAAAAUGAGGAGCCACGUUUCUGAAACCAGCGACGAAGAUGAUUAUAACAGCGACAGGGAAUAUAUUCCCAAGCCUGUCAAACAAACUGAAAGUGAUGUGCCAAGUUAUGUUCCAUCAUCAAAAAAUAAUAGUGAAUCAGACUCGGAAAAUAUUCACUUGUCACCCGAAACCAACAAACAACAAUUCAUUAUUACUUUGGAUGGUAUCGACAAUGAAAUGGCCCUUUUGGAUAAGAAAUUAUCACUGCCAAUUAAAUCUAGACUUGAGAAAAAACGUUCUCCGUCGCCUAUUUUUUUUGACAAACCAAAAACCACUGAAAUUAAAACAACUAGACCAGACAUACCAGAUAAGUUACCUGUGGUACGUCAGUUGGCUCUUAAAAACAAAGAAAGAUGUAGAUAUUGGCCAGGCUGUAGGCAAGGCAACAAAUGCGAAUUUGUGCAUCCAUCUGAAACGUGCAAAACGUUUCCUCAAUGCAAAUUCGGUAACAAGUGCUUGUUUUUGCAUCCUGUGUGUAAAUUUGGUAGCUCUUGUACCAAGCGAGAUUGUACUUAUGAUCACACUAAAACAACCAGUUCAAAAUUAGUUUUGGGGCCUCUGUCGUCUGCUAUGCAAACGUGCAAGUUUUUCCCCAACUGUGUAAAUGCGCAUUGUCCUUUUUUGCAUCCAAAGCCUUGUAAAUACGGAAAGUACUGCAAAAACACGGAUUGUAGUUUUUCUCACGGUUUCACUAAAAACUUAAGUUGGAGAUCCAAAUAAAAGUUUAUUUAUUUUGUUAUUCAAUUUUGUGUGUUAUUUUUUGUGUACAUAUAUUUACUUAUUUAAAUUAUAUUCUGUUUUUGAUGACUUCAAAAAACUUCAUAGCUUAGUCAACAUACUGGAUUCUUGGAAAUCAGCCUUUGAGAAUCUUCAAAAUCACAGAACAGCAAAUUUUAAGUCCCAAGGUUCCAAUACCUUUGCACGUUUUCUCUUCAUAAGUUAAGAUCUACUAUCACUUCAUAGAGGCAAAAACCAGAGUUCAGCUUGCUAUAAGUUUUUUAGUUGUCUUUUUCAAUAAAUAGGCAAAUGUUUUAGGUAAUUUUAGAAUAAUUAUGCGGAAUUUUUUUUUUUUCAUUUUAAUUUUGUUUGAAAAAUAAAGAGUUUUAAUUGAA